AAAAGAGACGGUCGCUUCAUUGAUCUUACCAACUUCACUCUGUCUGACAAUAAGAAUCCAGACGUGAUCACUGAAUGCACACAAAGUGUUGACAACCUAGAUGGAAAAAAGUUCAAGAUAUGUCUUCCUAAAAACAAGGGAUCAAUUAAAAACCUAAAGGAAACUCCGGGUUCAUCAGAUAAUUCACACCAGAGGAGUGAGCGCGACACAAAGCCUCUCUUAGAUGUAGCACAGCAGAGAGGAACCAGUGUCACAGCAGCAUUCAAAAAUAAAGACAGAAACAUUGAGGAAAUUUAUAAAAUACUGCGUGAGCAGUUCCCAAAACUGAAAGAACUGAUGGAGAGUAGAUUCCGUGGUGAUACUUAUCAGAAAGCACUGGAGCUGAGGAAGGAAGACUUUGGAAAGAUCCAACAAUCAUUCAGUGAAGUUCACAGAGUCAGGGAGCUGAUUAAACUGGGAGAAUCGGUUUGCAAAGUGGUUGUUGGGAAUGUUUGUGAGGGAACAGGCUUUGUGCUGUUUGACAACUUCAUCCUGACUAACGCACACCUAUUUAAAGAUCAUGUAGAAGGAGGAAAGAUGUGCUACUGCUUUAAGCUGGCUCAUCAACACAUCUGUUACAGUGAGGAUGGGCUUGAUUAUGCCAUACUUGAGAUCAAUCCUGAGUGUCACAAAUCCAACCAGACAUCAGCAAAGAAAAUCAAGGUACCACCAGGGCUCCUCAAGAAAUUUGGUCCAAUACCACAGAAUGGUGAAGCCUGUAUCAUUGGUCACCCGGCAGGAGGAGUGAAAAAAAUGGAUCCAACAUGUAUCAUUGAGAAAGAGAAGAGGGGAGAGGCUGUCGAUGAUCAUCUAAAUCCAUACAGGGACCAUCAUUUUAUCCUCUGCUCAAUUACUCACCUGAUCAGAGAGCAAGGCAUUGAGAACAUCAUGAUGGGUGGAUGCGACGCAGACAUAGUAGUGACUUACAACACUUCCAUGUAUCACGGCGCUUCUGGCGCUCCAGUGUUUGAUGCUCAUGGUCAAGUGUUUGGUUUGCACACCAGAGGAUUUAUCUAUGAGAAUGAAAAGAGUGUUAUAGAGUUCGCCCAACCUCUGCUUACCAUAUUUGAUCACUUUGUGAGUCAGCUGAAGAAAGGAGGAGAGGAGGAGCUGUUGAAGAGAGUUAAGGAGGAAGCAAAGGGAAACUCAUACCUAGAAAAGCUCCUUGCGUUUAGGCUAAAUGAAAGCGGAGCAGAGGGAGUCGAGACUGAGCCGGCAGACCCUGAUGAGCACUCAGACACCAAUGAGUCAAUAGACACUGAUUAA